UCACGUCGUCUGUUGGGAGUGCUGGAUUCCUGCAUGAUAAAUGUGCUCAUUUGUGUGUUUCAUUUGAAUGCCAUUGUUAGCGGAGGAGCCCUGGGUAGGGUGAGCUGCAGCUUGCUUUGCUAUUGMGGAGGGUCUUUAGUGAUGGGCUUUGUGGGAUUGAGAGCCCGAGUGCAAGAAUGACUCUGAAAGUACCGGUGAUCCCCCGAUGUUCAGCUUUAUCCCCAGGAACUGCUAUAAAGUCAGUUACACCGUUCGGAUAUGCCUGGUGUAUGCAGUCAUAUAUGAUUGCAUUCAUUUCAGUCUUCACCCUUUAAUUCCGCUUGGGAACAAUAAUGGCUAAUUUUGUCGUAUGAGCUUUAUUUGACCUUCAGGUUUCACUGCCUCUCGGUGUGUAAAAACGGAGUCCUGGCUGCCUCUGGCUGUGUCACAUCUGCCCAGGGAGCAGCCAGGAUCUGACACCGAAGGGUAUUGGCACGCCAGGAUGACACUGGGGUUCUAGGGCUUUGUUGGGACUUGGGCUGGAGUCUGGCACAGUGGGGACAGUCACCUUUCUCACUUGGGGUUCAAAACUGGUUUAUUUARUCUGUGGGCUUGUAGAGCCAAAUGUAGCAUUCAUUGACUAAUACCUUCAUUUUCCUGGUGGAGGAGUCCAGCUAUCACUUAAGGUGUCCCCUCAGCGAUUCUAUCUUUGUUCAUGGAAUUUUUUUUCUCAGAGGCUCUUCUAAAAUACUUUAAAUGUUGAGUCAUYGUAUCUUGAUUUGAAUUAAGCCAUCUGUGCUAAGGGAUCUGCUCCUCGCACCUCUGAAGGGUUCAGUGACUUCACGCUUGCUUUACGCUAAAGUUGGAAAAUGUAACAAAUUUCUUUGCCUUAGAUGGAGAUGCAAUUAUCCAUUUAAUUAUGUGCUCUUCUCAGGAGGGUUGGGUUGCGGAACUUCCAUCAGGGCACGUGCCAUGGUAGGAAAGGUGGCAAAUGAAGUUUGGGAACCUCCCUGGCUUCGUUCCCAAGCUGACCUUUGGGUUACCUGCUGGAAAAGGCUCCCAUAGCCAAUGUACCAUUCUUAGCAUGAAAAAUGUGUGUUACAAACCAAGAUGUUUACAGUCCUGAGUAUGAGAGGUSAGGUUUUACCUUGCUGCUCCGUGGGCAGUUCCAGAGGGAUCUCCAGCUCCAUGGAUCCUGGCUGUGACAGCAGUGCCUACAGAAGGGGCUGGGGCCUCUCUUGGAUGGAGGCAGACAGGGCAACUGGGACUGGACACCUUCGCUUCCUGGGAUGGCACAGAGGUUGGGACAGGAGGAUCCGGAGCGCUACCUCUUCGUGGACAGGGCUGUCAUCUACAACCCUGCCACCCAGGCUGACUGGACUGCUAAAAAGUUGGUGUGGAUCCCUUCGGAGCGCCAUGGCUUCGAGGCAGCCAGCAUCAAGGAGGAGAAAGGGGAUGAGGUGUUGGUCGAACUGGCGGAGAAUGGGAAGAAAGCACUCGUCAAUAAAGAUGAUGUUCAGAAGAUGAAUCCUCCCAAGUUCUCUAAAGUGGAAGACAUGGCAGAAUUAACCUGUUUAAAUGAAGCCUCUGUAUUGCAUAAUUUAAAGGAUCGCUAUUACUCUGGGCUCAUCUAUACCUAUUCAGGGCUGUUCUGUGUAGUCAUAAAUCCUUACAAGAACCUCCCAAUUUAUUCGGAGAACAUUAUUGAGAUGUACAGAGGGAAGAAGCGCCAUGAGAUGCCACCGCACAUUUACGCGAUAUCCGAGUCUGCCUACAGGUGCAUGCUGCAAGACCGUGAGGACCAAUCAAUUCUCUGCACAGGUGAAUCUGGUGCCGGGAAGACUGAGAACACUAAGAAGGUUAUUCAGUACCUUGCUCAUGUUGCUUCCUCCCAUAAAGGAAGAAAGGACCAUAAUAUUCCUGGGGAGCUGGAGCGGCAGCUUCUUCAGGCCAACCCUAUCCUGGAAUCCUUUGGGAAUGCGAAGACAGUGAAAAAUGACAACUCCUCCCGCUUUGGCAAAUUCAUCAGGAUUAACUUUGAUGUCACUGGUUACAUCGUUGGGGCCAACAUUGAGACCUACCUGCUGGAGAAGUCUCGUGCUGUCCGUCAGGCCAAGGACGAGCGGACGUUCCACAUCUUCUAUCAGCUUCUGGCUGGAGCAGGAGAGCACCUCAAGUCUGACCUGCUGCUUGAAGGAUUUAACAAUUACAGAUUUUUAUCUAAUGGCUACAUCCCCAUCCCUGGGCAGCAAGACAAGGAUAACUUCCAGGAGACGAUGGAAGCCAUGCAUAUCAUGGGAUUUUCACACGAUGAGAUCUUGUCAAUGCUCAAAGUGGUGUCCUCAGUGCUGCAGUUUGGGAACAUUUCCUUUAAGAAGGAGAGGAACACAGAUCAAGCAUCAAUGCCAGAGAACACUGUCGCACAGAAGCUCUGCCACCUGCUGGGGAUGAACGUCAUGGAGUUCACCCGCGCCAUCCUCACCCCCCGCAUCAAAGUGGGCAGGGACUACGUGCAGAAAGCCCAGACCAAAGAACAGGCGGACUUUGCUGUGGAAGCUUUGGCAAAGGCCACCUACGAGCGCCUCUUCCGCUGGCUCGUCCACCGCAUCAACAAAGCCCUGGACAGGACCAAGCGGCAGGGAGCRUCCUUCAUUGGAAUCCUGGACAUUGCUGGAUUUGAAAUCUUUGAGCUGAACUCCUUCGAGCAGCUCUGCAUUAACUACACCAAUGAGAAGCUGCAGCAAUUAUUCAACCACACCAUGUUUAUCCUGGAGCAAGAGGAAUAUCAGCGAGAGGGGAUCGAGUGGAAUUUCAUUGAUUUUGGCCUGGAUCUGCAGCCUUGCAUUGACUUAAUUGAAAGACCUGCAAAUCCUCCUGGUGUGUUGGCAUUGCUGGAUGAAGAAUGCUGGUUCCCCAAAGCUACUGACAAGACAUUUGUGGAGAAAUUGGUCCAAGAGCAAGGAACUCAUUCCAAGUUCCAAAAGCCAAGACAACUAAAGGACAAAGCAGACUUCUGCAUCAUUCACUAUGCAGGGAAGGUGGACUACAAGGCAGAUGAGUGGUUGAUGAAGAACAUGGACCCCCUGAACGAYAAUGUGGCCACACUCCUGCACCAGUCCUCAGACAAAUUUGUGGCUGAGCUCUGGAAGGAUGUGGAUCGCAUCGUGGGGCUGGACCAGGUCACGGGCAUCACCGAGACAGCCUUUGGCUCUGCCUACAAGACCAAGAAGGGCAUGUUCCGCACCGUGGGCCAGCUCUACAAGGAGUCACUGACCAAGCUGAUGGCCACGCUCCGCAACACCAACCCCAACUUCGUGCGCUGCAUCAUCCCCAACCACGAGAAGAGGGCWGGAAAACUGGACCCACAUCUGGUUCUUGAUCAGCUCCGGUGCAAUGGGGUUUUGGAAGGAAUAAGGAUCUGUCGGCAAGGAUUCCCCAACAGGAUAGUGUUCCAGGAAUUCAGGCAGAGGUAUGAGAUCCUCACUCCCAAUGCAAUUCCCAAAGGUUUCAUGGAUGGUAAGCAAGCCUGUGAGCGUAUGAUCAGAGCCUUGGAGYUGGACCCCAACUUGUACAGAAUUGGACAGAGCAAGAUCUUCUUCCGAGCUGGAGUCUUGGCACACUUGGAAGAAGAGCGGGACCUGAAGAUUACAGACAUCAUCAUCUUCUUCCAGGCAGUGUGCAGGGGWUACCUGGCCAGGAAGGCCUUYGCAAAGAAGCAGCAGCAGCUGAGUGCACUGAAGAUCCUGCAGAGGAAUUGUGCUGCAUAUUUGAAAUUGAGGCACUGGCAGUGGUGGAGAGUCUUCACCAAGGUGAAGCCUCUUCUUCAGGUCACYCGUCAGGAGGAAGAACUUCAAGCCAAGGAUGAGGAGCUGAUGAAGGUGAAAGAAAAGCAGACAAAAGUGGAGGCAGAACUUGAGGAAAUGGAAAGGAAACACCAACAGGUUCUGGAGGAGAAGAACAUCCUUGCAGAGCAGCUCCAGGCUGAGACAGAGCUCUUUGCAGAGGCUGAGGAGAUGAGGGCUCGCUUGGCUGCCAAAAAGCAAGAGCUGGAAGAAAUUCUCCAUGAUUUGGAGUCCAGGGUUGAGGAGGAGGAGGAAAGAAACCAAAUAUUGCAGAAUGAGAAGAAGAAAAUGCAAGGCCAUAUCCAGGACCUGGAGGAGCAGCUCGAUGAGGAGGAGGGAGCUCGGCAGAAGCUCCAGCUUGAAAAAGUGACAGCAGAAGCAAAGAUCAAGAAGAUGGAAGAGGAGAUCCUGCUGUUGGAGGACCAAAAUUCCAAAUUUCUGAAGGAGAAGAAGCUGAUGGAGGAUCGAAUUGCUGAAUGCUCUUCUCAGCUGGCUGAAGAAGAAGAAAAAGCCAAAAACUUGGCCAAACUGAAGAACAAGCAGGAAAUGAUGAUCACUGAUUUGGAAGAACGCCUGAAAAAAGAGGAGAAGACCCGUCAGGAGUUGGAAAAAGCAAAAAGAAAACUGGAUGGGGAAACAACAGACCUGCAGGACCAAAUAGCUGAGCUGCAAGCCCAGAUUGAGGAGCUGAARAUCCAGCUGGCCAAGAAAGAGGAGGAGCUGCAGGCUGCUCUGGCCAGAGGGGAUGAAGAAGCAGUUCAGAAGAACAAUGCACUGAAAGUGAUAAGGGAGCUGCAGGCUCAGAUUGCAGAGCUGCAGGAGGAUCUGGAGUCCGAGAAGGCCUCACGGAACAAGGCAGAAAAGCAGAAAAGGGAUUUGAGUGAAGAGCUGGARGCUUUAAAAACAGAACUGGAAGAUACUUUGGAUACCACUGCAGCACAGCAAGAGCUGAGGACAAAGCGGGAGCAGGAGGUGGCUGAGCUGAAGAAGGCAAUUGAAGAGGAAACCAAAAACCAUGAGGCACAGAUCCAGGAGAUCAGGCAGAGGCAUGCUAGUGCCCUGGAAGAGCUCUCUGAACAGCUUGAACAGGCCAAAAGGUUCAAAGCAAACCUUGAAAAGAACAAGCAAGGCUUAGAGUCUGACAACAAGGAGCUGGCCUGUGAGGUGAAGGUGCUGCAGCAGGUCAAGGCAGAGUCUGAGCACAAGAGGAAGAAGCUCGAUGCUCAGGUGCAGGAGCUGACUGCAAAGGUGUCAGAAGGGGAAAGGCUCAGGGUGGAGCUGGCGGAGAAGGCAAACAAGCUGCAGAAUGAGCUGGACAAUGUCUCCAGUCUCCUGGAGGAGGCAGAGAAGAAAGGCAUCAAGUUUGCCAAGGAUGCAGCCAGUUUGGAAUCCCAGCUCCAGGAUACACAGGAGCUGCUYCAGGAGGAAACCCGCCAGAAGCUCAAUCUCAGCAGCAGGAUAAGGCAGCUGGAGGAGGAGAAGAACAACCUGCAAGAGCAGCAGGAGGAGGAAGAGGAGGCCAGGAAGAACCUGGAGAAACAGAUGCUGGCCUUGCAAUCCCAGCUGGCUGAGGCCAAGAAGAAGGUAGAUGAUGACUUGGGAACCAUUGAAGGCCUGGAGGAGACWAAGAAGAAGCUGUUGAAGGACAUGGAGUCCCUGAGCCAGCGCCUGGAGGAGAAGGCCCUGGCUUAUGACAAACUGGAGAAGACCAAGAACCGCCUGCAGCAGGAGCUGGAUGACCUGAUGGUGGAUCUGGAUCACCAGCGCCAGAUUGUCUCCAACCUGGAGAAAAAGCAGAAGAAGUUCGAUCAGAUGCUGGCAGAAGAGAAGAACAUUUCUGCCAGGUAUGCAGAGGAGCGGGAUCGUGCUGAGGCAGAGGCGAGGGAGAAGGAAACCAAAGCCCUGUCCCUGGCUCGGGCCCUGGAGGAGGCCCUGGAGGCCAAGGAGGAGUUUGAGAGGCAGAACAAGCAGCUGCGAGCGGAUAUGGAAGACCUGAUGAGCUCCAAAGAUGACGUGGGCAAAAAUGUCCAUGAGCUGGAGAAGUCCAAGAGGACCCUGGAGCAGCAGGUGGAGGAGAUGAGGACGCAGCUGGAGGAGCUGGAGGAUGAACUGCAGGCCACAGAAGAUGCCAAACUGCGUCUGGAGGUGAACAUGCAGGCCAUGAAAGCCCAGUUUGACAGAGACCUGCAAGCCAGGGAUGAACAGAACGAGGAGAAGAAGAGGAUGCUGGUGAAACAAGUGCGGGAGCUGGAGGCCGAGCUGGAGGACGAGCGCAAGCAGCGGGCGCUGGCCGUGGCGGCCAAGAAGAAACUGGAGAUGGACCUGAAGGACCUGGAGGGGCAGAUUGAGGCUGCAAACAAGGCUCGGGAUGAAGCCAUCAAACAGCUCAGGAAGCUCCAGGCUCAGAUGAAGGACUACCAGCGGGAGCUGGAGGAGGCCCGAGCGUCCAGGGAUGAGAUCUUUGCCCAGUCCAAAGAGAGUGAGAAGAAGCUCAAAAGUCUCGAAGCAGAAAUACUCCAGCUCCAAGAGGAGUUUGCGGCGUCGGAGCGCGCGCGGCGGCACGCGGAGCAGGAGCGGGAUGAGCUGGCUGAYGAGAUCGCCAACAGCGCCUCGGGAAAGUCAGCACUGCUGGAUGAGAAGCGCCGGCUGGAGGCGCGGAUUGCCCAGCUGGAGGAGGAGCUGGAGGAGGAGCAGAGCAACAUGGAGCUGCUCAACGAGCGCUUCCGAAAGACCACGCUGCAGGUGGACACACUCAACUCAGAGCUGGCCGGCGAGCGCAGUGCGGCCCAGAAGAGCGAGAAYGCACGGCAGCAGCUGGAGAGGCAGAACAAGGAGCUCAAGGCCAAGCUGCAGGAGCUGGAGGGCUCUGUCAAGUCCAAAUUCAAGGCAACAAUCUCUACUCUAGAAGCCAAGAUUGCACAGCUUGAAGAACAGCUUGAGCAAGAAGCCAAGGAGAGAGCAGCUGCCAACAAACUGGUGCGGCGCACGGAGAAGAAGCUGAAGGAGGUUUUCAUGCAGGUGGAAGACGAGCGGCGCCAUGCGGAUCAGUACAAGGAGCAGAUGGAAAAGGCCAAUGCCAGGAUGAAGCAGCUCAAGCGGCAGCUGGAGGAGGCGGAGGAGGAGGCCACGCGUGCCAACGCGUCCCGGCGCAAGCUCCAGCGGGAGCUGGACGAUGCCACAGAGGCCAACGAGGGGCUGAGCCGGGAGGUCAGCACCCUCAAAAACAGGCUAAGGAGGGGGGGUCCCAUCACCUUCUCCUCGAGCCGCUCGGGGCGGCGGCAGCUGCACAUCGAGGGCGCCUCGCUGGAGCUGUCGGACGACGACGCCGAGAGCAAAGGCAGCGAUGUGAACGAGGCUCCGCCCGCCCCCGCCGAGUAGAGCCCGGCCCCGCCUGCAUGCAGAGACCUUUCCAGCCCCGGGCAGGAGCGCGACCGCCCUGCCCUCGGAACUGCCUUGUGGCCGGAAAGCUGCCUUACGACCCUCGGCAUGUGCUACAAGGUUCCUUAUCAUAGGUCAACCAUGUCUUAAGGCUCUCCAGCCUCACCACACUGUACCCUGCUUCAGAUAUAGGUACAACUGCUUUUUUAUAUAUAGUAAACAACCGGGAUCGUCUCUGUUCAGUGCAUCUCUUCUCCAGAUACUCAUUGUAAAGCCAUUUUCUAAAGCAUCAUGUGAAGGAUGAACCUUUUUUUUAUCAAUCCAGCAGCGUCAUUCCCAGCGGGUGGCUGUGCAUGCCUCGUGUCCAGCAGCUCCAUCCUUCGGGCUCCGGGCGCGCCGGCCCCACGCUGGGCUCUCGGAUCCGUGAAGACCAAACCGCACCCGUUUCUUUCUUUUCUCCCAUUGUUGUGAUCCGCACAUGACCCCUGAGUGAACUGUGAAAAACGGCCUUGGGAAGUGUUAGAGGGAAGUGUAGGGAUGAGUGAGUAGUGUCCGUUUUUAUCCUGCAGUCCCGUUUGAAGUGUUCUCAGCACCUGCUCCAUCCGUUCGUGUCCAUGCAGUCCAGGCACACCGAGGUGGGUCCCCGUCCCCUUCACAGCCCUGUGUGCUCAGAGCCCCCGGGAUAAUGUGAACACCAGUGGGAAAUAAACACACAGCACAGGCAAAACUAAUUUAUUAAUGUGAGGCCGAGUCAGGCCGUGGGAGGCUCCGGGACCCCCGCAGCCCCAGGGUCCUGUGGGGCCGGGGCUCGGGGCUCCCGCCCUGGAUGGAUGGAUGUUGCCUGCCUACAGUUAACAUGCCAGUGGAUGUGAAUCCUUUUUUUUUUUGUUGUUGUUUUGUUGUUUUGUUUUUUUUUUUUUUAUUUUGAGCAGUAUUACAGUGAGUAGUUAGCAUUCUUUUUGUUUAAAUAGCUGAAAACUGACAUUACAGAAAGUGCCUUAGACACUACAGUACUAAGACAACGUUACAUAUAUAAUUUGCCUAUAUAACAAUGAUUUAAUGUAUUAAUUUUGACUGUGCUUCAUAUCAUGUACCUCUCUAGUCCAAGUGGUAUUAUUGAUAUUAGUGACAAUGAAUCAGUGUUAACUAGGAAACUUCCUCUGCCACAUGCUCAAAACCCAUGGAUUUCCCUUUUUGGUUAAAAGCUUUAACAUCUGUCGCAAAGGUUUUGUUGUGUGUGUUUGGAUAUUUUUAAUCAAACUGGCUGUUGACCACCAGGCGUCUGACUGCAAAUAUCUUGUUUUCUUGUAUACCCAUAUUUCUAGACAAUGAUUUUUGUAAGACAAUAAAUUUAUUCAUUAUA